GCCUUUUCAUUUUGAUUUCCGUCGGCGCAGCUGCGCCCGAAAAAGCCACCGCAAGGUCUAAAAGUCAUCCGGUAUUUUUACAGCUUGGAACAGCCAAAUGUUAGCUACCACCUGGGGCAAUUAUGCCUAUUCCAACAAGAGACGUUAUCCCACACUAACCAACUUCUCCCCUUUUAUCGAUUACACUCUUAAUAAGUUUAUGUAUAAAGUAUUGGAAAACUUUAGCUACAACACCGUGGCCAUAUUGUGUGAUGAUGCCAACGACACGUUAUUACUGUAUAUCCCAAUGUGUUCAAAUUCAUUCGACACUCUGCGUCUGCAGUAUAAUAUCAGCGCCAGUCGGUUUUACGUAAAUGCCACGGACAAGAACCAUGUGAAACAUUACCUGGAGGAGGUACGAUCUGUUGCUCGAGUUGUCAUCAUAAUUGCCCACGGCGACCGGAUUCGUCCAAUCAUGCUGGCAGCGUUUGAUAAGCAGAUGACGGGGGGUGAUUAUGUCUAUUUCACAAUUGAGUUAUUUCCAAGCGCAAAGCACUUCGGAAGUAUAACUUGGAAUACCGGAAACGGCGAUAAGCGGGAUGCGGAUGCCAGAACCGCAUUUCGCUCCCUUUUUAAAAUAUCUCUCCGCAGUCCAGAUGCCACACCUGAUUACCAUAAUGCUACAGAGGAAAUAAAGCUACGGUCAAAAACAGCAUUCAAUUACACAUACGCCACUGGAGAAGAAGUCAAUCCAUUUGCGAUGGCUUAUUAUUACGCCCUCGCCGUCUACGCAAAGGUAAUGAAUGACACCGUAGCGAAUGGAGGGCAUCCCAAUGACGGGCCGUGGAUGAGCAAGCAGAUGUGGAAUCACACAUACUCGGUACUGGGCCAGGAUAUCAUAAUCAACGCUAAUGGCGAUCGUGAAGCGGACUGGACACUGCACCAAAUGGACAGCGAAACCGGAGCGUUUAUGGCUGUUUUGGAGUAUUCAGCCAAACGAAAAGCCCUGGAACCUGUUCGUGACCCAGUAAGCAACAGCUCCCGCCAAAUUAUGUGGUACAACCGUAACGGUCCCCCUCCUAACGAACCAAAAUGCGGUUAUCGUGGAAUUAAACCAGAGUGCGGCACU